UUGAUCAGUAGCACAGGCCGUCGAUGAGACCAACGUAUCUUCAAAACCUGCUCCCGAUUCCACCUACAUAUAAACGGGCAGAACACAGCGAGCACCUGCAAACUUGCUCUUGCUCAAACAUUUAACCAUGGCGCCAGUUGUGGAUUACAGCCAGCGUGAGAUGGAGAUCAAAGCCUUCGACCAAAGCAAAGCCGGCGUCAAAGGGCUCGUCGACGCCGGCGUCACCAAGCUUCCCACCAUGUUCAUACACCCUCCAGAGAACCUCCUCGGCUCCUCACUCCCCGAAGACGACGAGCGUCUUCACAAGGUUCGCAGCCUUCGAUUCCCCGUGAUUGAUCUCAGCGGGUUUGAUUGCUCAGAGAGCCGGAAGGAGAUCGUGGAGGAGAUAAAGAAAUCGGCCGGGUCAUGGGGAUUCUUUCAGCUGGUGGAUCAUGGGAUUCCUCUUGGCGUCAUCGAGGGAGUCCAGAGAGGUAUCCGAGCUUUCCAUGAGCUUCCUCAGGAGGAGAAGGCAAAGUGGUACUCGCGUGACUUUGCUCAGAAGGUUAACUUCUUCAGCUUUCAUGGAGAUUUCAAGGUGACGACCCCGGCCGACUGGAGAGAUACCUUGUCUUGCAAGGUUCUUGAAGACCCUGCAAGCUUUGAAGCAAUACCACAAAUCUGCAGGUGA